AUGGACCCCCAAAGCGACUUCCCCGACCUCGUAGAAGACCUGGAAGCUAAUAUCGACGACCUCGAAACCGCCCUCUCUCCGCUCCUCACCACUCCCCUCCACACAACCGCCUCCAUCCUCCCGCUCCUCGACAAAGCGAAACUCUACGUCCUCUCCGCCUACGCCAUCGAGUCGCUCCUCUUCUCUACGCUGCAAGCCUCGGACGUCAACGCGAAAGAACACGCCGUAUUCCGCGAACUAGCGCGACUGAAGGGGUAUUUCGGCAAGAUCAAGGAUGUCGAAGGCGCAGGUGCAGGCGCGCAGCAGCCAAAGCAGAGACUAGACAAAGAGGCUGCCGCGCGCUUCAUCAAGCACGGGCUCGCAGGGAACGACAAGUACGACUUGGAGCGCGCGGAGCGUAUAGCGAAGGAGAGGGCCAAGGCGGCGCUGAAGGCCAGGCAGAUGCACGUCAAGUUCGACCAGCAGCAAGAGGAGGCGAAGCAGGCGGAGAUGUCGAAGAAGAGGAAGGCCGAGGAGGUGCUGAGGCAGCCGGACGAGCAGGAAGACAGCGAGGCGGACCACGUCGAGAGCGAGAACGAGGAGUUCUACGGCAAGCCCGAGCAGCAAGCUCACGAGGAUACGCCGAACCAGCUAGCAAACAAGAAACCCAGAGUCUCAGCAUCCGACCUCAUAGACGUCGAACCUCCCUCCACACCCGCAGCACCCACCCCCAAGUCCCCCAAAAAGUCCAAAAAGGACAAGAAGCGCAAA